AUGUCAUCAUUGGUAAAGGAGGACUUGGAGAAGAAACUGUUUAAGCCACUCUCUCAGCAUCUCUACGAGUUUAUUGAGAUAGAGUUCUCGGUCCAGGACAGGUAUUACCUCUGUGUAUCAGUGACCAAAAGUGAAGAAGUAAAAAUAAUUAUGGUGAAACACUACAGAAUAGGUUUAGAUGAAAAAUAUGAAGUAACAAAAAAGUGGUCUUUGAAUGAUCUGCAGAUGAUUGAUGGGAAAGAGGCAGACACGGACAAUCCAUUUUUUGACCUGCACUUCAAGAAAGUGUACUGCUUGGAAGCAUAUAGUUGUGCUUCUAAGUACGCAUUUGCUCGAACUGUAAAUAAGCUGAAUCAUGCAUAUCUCAAGAAGGACUUACAGAUUGUGAAUUUUGAUUCUACUUACAUUAAUGAUGAUUCCAUUUGGUCCUCCAAUAACAAGGAUUGCUUGGUUCUCAUGAGAAUAUGCUUUUAUGCUUUCAAUCUUGUGUGCGCCACGCCCAUCUGGUUGGCCACGCCCACCGGGGGCGGGGGUCACGCUCCCGCGGCGUUUAUUGGUCGCUCCUUUUAUCUUCUCCACCUCUACGUCCUUCUCUGGAGGGCCAACUUCCGGCGCGGGGGUUGUCACAUGUCCGGAUACGGGAAGUGGAGGAGGAACGGCCGCUUCCCGUCCGCUGCCUUCAUUGAGGGGCUCACCCUAGUAGUGCCACAGUCCCCUCUGCCCUCGGUCUUGGAGGACCCGCCUCGGUACAGCCGGGCUCGGUCCGGCCUCGCGGUAAGCUUUCGGCCACGGCUGUCCGGCGGCGGCGGCGGGGUGUGGAGCGGCUCGGCGGGCGCCCGGCUCUGUGGUGGCUCCGGGUCCGCGUCGCGGGGAGCCCUGCGCCCGUGGGGAUCCGGCCCACGGCGUCCCUGCCCCCGCUCCGGUGGGGCCCCGCCCCCGUGGUGGCCAGGCCCACAAGGAGCCCUUCCCUCCCCCUCCCUUGGUGUAGUCCCACGGGGUCCCCCCCCCCUCCCGCCCUCGAGGUGCGUCCUCCCCAACCUCCGCCCCGGUGGCGGUCAGGCCCCGGUGCCCCCACGGUCCCCGCCCACCUGCGUGCACGAGGGGCCGAGCCCUGUGGGAGGGAGCCUUCUCCCUCCCUCGUGGUCCAGAUCUCUGCGAGGACAGCCUCUGACCUCCAGGGUUCCGCCCAUUGGAUCCAGACCCCGUCUAUGCCCCAUAGCCUGCCCGUAUACUGUGGAGCCUGGGCCAGGUGAGCCGCCCCGUCCCCGUGCAGUUCUUCUUUUUUUUUUUUUAAAUGGCAGCGGGUACUCUCGCCAUCCGGGCCUAACCCCACACAAGCACACGAACCAGCUAUUUGUCACGCAGUGUGAGGGCCUGACUUGA